UCAUAGUCUCGCGAGAAGAAACUCCGGGAACGCGGGCCCACGGCAGCAGUCAAGGAGCGGGAUAUUUAAGCGAGGUUCCGGGAUUGCGAGCUCGGACUGUGUUAUGAUAAUCGGAAGUUAGGAGGUACUUGCGUAUGUGGUUAAACCAAUGACAAAUACAGACUAGUGUGCCUGUAAGUGUAGACCGAAAGAAUGCAGAUAUAGGAAUAUAAGUCGGCUUCAGACAUCCAUAUAGUCCAAAAAUGCGUUUGAGUAAAGCACAAUACGAUGAGAUCGCCCUCUUCAUCAGCACCCUGAGACCCACUCGCCAGUGCAUGAAACGUCUGAAGGAGCGAUUUCCCUGUCAAUCGCAGUCCACUCUGCUGAGCAUCUUCUCCCAGGAGUACCAGAAAAUGAUCAAGAGGACACAUGCCAAACACCACACUCCUGAGGCUGUUGAAAUGUACUAUGCCAGGUAUUUGAAUGAGGUAGCCAGAGACCCAAAGGUGCCUAUCCUAUUGGAGCUAGCUAAUGAGGUGGAUUUCUCCCCAGCACUUAUGGCACGGACAGUAUUAGAGAGGUUCCUUGAAGAUCAUGAUGGUCAACCACCGACAAAGCCCGUUUUGUCCAGCAUGCUGCGUGAUCCAUCUCUGAUCCCUGACCCUGUUCUCGCCAAUCAAGUUCAUCUGUGCAUCAUCAAUGACUGCUUCAACGGGCCCUUGGUGGACGGCAUCAAACACGCUAUUGGCCAUGAACAUGAAGUACUGCUUCGACAGAAACUGAAGGAGCAUAACUUGGCAUUUUUAGAUGAGGACCAACUACGUCUUAAAGGGUACGACAAAACUCCAGAUGUUAUCCUUGAAGUGCCAGUUGCCGUGGAUGGGCACGUCAUUCACUGGAUUGAAAGUAAGGCCUCCUUUGGUGAUGAGGCCAGUCACAAAACGUAUCUACAUGACCAGUUUUGGAGCUACUGGAAUAGAUUUGGCCCUGGCCUUGUCAUAUACUGGUAUGGAUUUAUUGAGGAUCUGGACUGCAACCGUGAACGUGGCAUUCUCCUUAAGGACGGGUUUCCCGAAACCCUCGUGAUGCUUGGGAGCUGCAUGGCGCAGACUGAUGAGCAUGGGCAGCACACAAAGAACUGCUUGAAUGAGACUCACCAGGAAACCGAGUCAUAGUUCCCAGCGGCCCAAAACUGCUGAACUCCUAAUGAACUGCAAUGCAAGGUCACAGAGCCGCCUUCUCAUACAAACAUGGACAAACUGUUUACCUUCCUUCCCAGCCGCCACUUGCCCUCUGCUACAGCACCAACCUACGCAUUAUCUGAGCUCCUCUGCUUCUCCAGAUGCGCUGUGCACAUACACACUGACCUUCCUUCCGCCUGCACCUCCUCCUCGGGACUCCACAAUGUCAGCCAAGAGGAAACCAGUGCUCUUCAGAUCACCCCAGUACAAAAAACAGUGAAAAGGAUGGUGCAACAUGGACAUGGGGCAUGAAGAUAAUGAAACGAAUGACACUUAAAGGGAUUCUGUCAUGAUUUUUAUGAUGUAAUUUUUAUUUCUAAAUUACACUGUUUACACUGCAAAUAAUUCCCUCUACAAUAUAAAAUUUCAUUCCUGAA